ACUUCACAAAUAUAUACAAAACAACUAUAGGCAGACAAAUUGAAAAUAAUUAACUGAGGAAAGGUGGAAGAAUUGGAGGUGGGAAAGGCUUCCUUAAGUGAUGGGAUUUUAGUUGGAAGCCAGGGAGAUCUGGAGGCAGAGUGAAAGAGGGAGAGCAUUCCCAGCAUGAAAGAUGGCCAUGAUCAGAGGCAAGAAAAUAUCCAGAGUUCAGAGACCACAGUUCUUAGAGUAGUGCAUAUGUAGGGGACCAAGGUUAUAAAAAGGUUAUAAAAAGCUAAAUUAUAAAUGCCAAAAUGAGGCAGUUGAACUAAGGUCCCCUGUGGAUCUAAGGUUUGUGAUCUCCGUAGUCCUUAUGUCUUUCUGAAAGUCUCUUUCCAAAUGACUGUGCUUUGUACAUAGUAGGUGUUUGAUGAGUGUUCCAUUGAAAAUGAUGAAGAAUCAUACAUGGUAACUGUUCUUUUUUUGCAUUGGAAACUUUAUCCAUGGUUUGAGAAGUACCUUUAUCUUCAGCUUUUUUUCUUAUGACAUAAAGACUGAAGGAUUUCUCUUAUUUGGUAAAUUAUUAAAUUUGUUCCUAGUUUACAUGACAUAACUUGGAGUUGUUGGGCAGUUAAAAGAGUUUCUGCUGAAACCCUCCUGAAUGAAUGAACAAAUCACUAAAUGACCAGAAUUCAUUCUGAUCGCACAAAGCUCUAUAGUCCUUGUCCUCCCAAGGAACAGCUGUAGGCAAUUCAGGGAAAGUUGUCUGGUCUAUUCUAAUGGAGCAGUUUAUCUGCUUUUAGCACCAGCAAGACUCUGAGCUGAUCUCAGUGGUUUGGGAGUGGAGUGGUUUGGGGGUGUGUGUUAUGUAUAUGUGUGUGUGUGUGAGUGAUAGGAUAUUCGGGGCGGGCACCUGUUGACUGUUUAAGGCAAUUUGUUUCUUAGUUCCAAAGUUGAAAAGAUAGAAGCUUACCUUUGGCAGUCUCUUUAAGUAUGGAGAAAGCUGGAGAAACAUAUUUGUGUUACCAUUUUUCAUGGGUGGAGAGGGGAGAGUUCAUGCUGUAACCUUAUAGGAAAUCUGUCAGCAUUAGCAACUUCCCCUUGCAACUGGACAAUUAGUUGGCAAUGUUUACAAUUCUUAUUUGAGUGGGACAUGUACCAAUUAGGUACAUGCCUAUUUUGUAGAUUUUUAAGAAACCAAUUCUGAAUUCCAAGGAUUGCUAGAGAAAAUAAGCCUACUUGUCUUUCUACAGGAAAUAUUCCUCAGAAUUCUGUUUCUUUCUUUAAAACUUUCUACAUUUGUUAGAUUCAGUGACACAUUGUCAGAAUUACUUAUCAGUCUUUUUUUUUUUUUUUUUUUUUCUUCUCUUUUGCUUAAGUUGAGUAUCUCAUAGUUCUUUUUGGUCCCUGGAUAGUAUCCUGACUCAGAUUGAGACAAUGAGUCUUGGAGUAGCUUGGACAGUUUAGGGAAAUCUUCACUAUUGGAUUCUGGUUCUGUAGAAAGCCAUACAUCCUUUGAUUGCCAAAGAAUCUAUGCACAGGACAAUCUGCUUUUCAGAAGAGGAAUCAGAUCCCCUGAUGUCUGGUUCAGUGUUAUCAUUUAUCUCACCUAUAGGUACAUGGGAAUAGGACUCUCUGCCCAAGGUGUCAACAUGAACAGACUGCCUGGUUGGGACAAGCAUUCAUAUGGUUAUCAUGGCGAUGAUGGACAUUCAUUCUGUUCUUCUGGAACUGGACAACCAUAUGGCCCUACCUUUACUACUGGAGAUGUGAUUGGCUGCUGCGUCAAUCUCAUCAACAACACUUGCUUCUAUACAAAGAAUGGACACAGCCUAGGUAUAGCUUUUACAGACCUCCCGGCAAACUUAUACCCCACAGUAGGCUUGCAGACUCCUGGAGAGAUCGUAGACGCCAACUUUGGGCAGCAACCCUUUGUGUUUGACAUUGAGGACUACAUGAGGGAAUGGAGAGCAAAGAUUCAGGGAACCAUUAAGCGUUUUCCCAUUGGUGACAGACUUGGGGAGUGGCAAGCCAUGCUACAGAACAUGGUCUCUUCCUACCUGGUGCAUCAUGGGUAUUGUGCUACUGCCACAGCUUUUGCCCGUAUGACAGAAACCACGAUUCAGGAAGAACAGACUUCCAUCAAGAACAGACAAAGAAUACAAAAGCUUAUGCUGGCAGGCCGAGUGGGAGAGGCCAUAGAGGCCACCCAGCAGCUCUAUCCUGGUCUCCUGGAGCACAACCCCAACCUGCUCUUCAUGUUGAAGUGCCGGCAGUUUGUGGAGAUGGUGAAUGGAACAGACAGUGAAGUUCGUUGUUUUAGUGCUCGAAGCCCCAAAUCCCAAGACAGCUACCCAGGGUCCCCCAGCCUCAGCCCUAGACAUGGACCCAGCAAUUCCCAUCUGCACAGCACCGGAGCAGAAAGCCCGAGCUGUAGCAAUGGGGUCACAUCCACCAAAAGCAAACAGAGUCACAGUAAAUACCCAGCCCUGAGCUCCUCCUCAUCGUCGUCGUCCUCCUCCUCCCCUUCGUCAAUCAACUACUCUGAGUCCAACUCCACAGACUCCACCAAAUCCCAGCAACACAGUAGUACAAGUAACCAAGAGACCAGUGACAGUGAGAUGGAGAUGGAUGCAGAACAUUAUCCCAAUGGAGUGCUAGAGAACUCAUCCACCCGAAUCAUGAAUGGUGCCUACAAACAUGAAGAAAUCCUGCAAACAGAUGAAUCUAGUAUGGAAGAUGGGCGUCCUCGGCGACAGCUCUGCGGAGGUAACCAGGCUGCCACGGAGAGAAUUAUCUUGUUUGGCCGGGAGCUGCAGACCCUCAGCGAACAGCUGUGCCGAGAGUAUGGCAAGAACCUGGCCCAUAAAGAGAUGUUGCAGGACGCAUUCAGCCUAUUAGCAUACUCCGACCCAUGGAACUGCCCUGUUGGUCAGCAGCUAGACCCUAUCCAGAGGGAGCCUGUGUGUGCAGCCCUCAAUAGUGCUAUUUUAGCUCUGCCAUGGUCUUCUGGUGAACUCUGGUGGCCUUUUGGUGAGGGCUCUGAAUUGGAUCAGAUCAGUCAUCCUAGUAUAGAGGCAGAGAGGGAAGCGACCCAAGAAAUCAUCCGGUGCAGCCCACAAGCCGGUCGAAACCCUCAGAAGGUCAGAAUAGUUCUGGAACCACCUAGGAACAUCGGGCCUCUUCCAGAGCAGAUCAAAAGGCCCAAAGCAGAUAGGUCCUCACAGCUCCAAAGGGAGGGGGCACCUUCAGUCCCAGAUGGAUCAUCUGCACCUCUUGAAAUCUGUAGGUAACAUCACCAAGGUCCUAUGGGCCCUCUGUCUUCAGGGAGAAUUGCCCAUACCAUCUCUGACCAUCUCCAGGGGACUCUUAAGCUGCAGGAGGCCACAGAGCUCUUGAAUCCUGAGGCUGAAUCAGGUUUUCUGUGGGUCUUCACAGAGCUGCUAAAAGGAGAGCCAAGCUCUUCUCUGGGAAAGUAAAAUAAGAGACAGGCCCCUUUCUUCAUUUCUUCCAGCCUUGAAGAGGGUUGCCACAUCAUCUAGAGGUGUGGUCAGGAAGGUCAUUUCUAGGAGAGACAUUCCUGUUACGGGGGAGCUGGGUGCUCUCUGGAAUAACUGUCAACUGAGACCCCUUCUCUGACUUGUGAUGCCAUGAUCCUAGCAUCAAACAUCCAGGCAGAUUCACAGAAACCAGCUCCCAGGCCCAGGCUCUCCCUAGCUCCUGCUGUGUUGACCUGUUCAGUCACAGCCCACUGAGGUUCCCAGAUAUGGGGCCAAAUAUUCUGAGUUUGGAGCAGUAUAAGCAUAGGAAGCAGGGAGUGGAUUCUCCAAAACAACAGGAAGUGAAUCCUAGAGGCAUUCCCUUUACCACAUCCUUUUUCUUGGAAGCUCUGGCUUUCUUUCUGUGGAUAGCGGAAAGGAAUUUAAGAGCCCUUUGUCCACUCUACUUCCGGUUGUGCCCAUUGGUCCCUGGUGGACUUAUCUAUCAGACCCUCCAAUAGGUGGGUGGGUUUGGUUGUGCAUGCCGUUCUGGGGACAGGGAUCCCUCUGUCCUCUCCCUUGAAGAUGGAGGAGAGAACAGAGUCUGCUGAUCUUGGGAUAUUGAUGCUCCUGGGUCAA